UGACACAUCUCACAGGCUCACACUGUCAGUUUCAGUGUACCAGGAACCAUUUGAUAAGAAAUGGAUGUUGCAGAAAUUGACCACAGGAAGCAGUCCUAAACAAAUGGUAGUCCAUGGAAAAAAGAGACUCUUACUUAAUUUCAAAGUGCUGGGAGACAGAAGGGCAAAGCUAGCGCUUCAAACAUCGGUGGGCAGAGAUUCAGUUCGCAUCAGCAGCAUCGCCUCACUACAAUGGAGCUGAGUGGAGGAGUCGAAGCGGAGUAAAGACACGUCUGUGGAGACUCUACGUGUCUCAGAGAACGGCUCCUGAACUACUUUGGCAGUAAGAAAGAAAAGUUAGUCUGCUGCUUGGCCCACCCAGAGUCUAAGAUGCCCUAGGCGGAGAGAAGAGAAAUGUAAAUGGCUUCCAAAGUAAAAGAUGCUGUGGUGUGGUACCAGAAAAAGAUUGGCGCCUACGACCAACAGAUCUGGGAGAAAUCGGUGGAACAGAGAGAGAUUAAGUUUAUUUCUCUGGGCUUGAGGAACAAGCCAAAGAAGACGGGACAUGUCAAACCAGAUCUUAUCGACGUGGACUUGGUUAGAGGUUCGGCGUUUGCCAAGGCCAAGCCCGAGAGUCCGUGGACGUCGUUGACCAGGAAAGGCAUCGUCAGAGUGGUCUUCUUCCCCUUCUUUUAUCGAUGGUGGAUCCAGGUCACAUCCAGAGCCAUUUUCCUUUUACUGCUGGCUCUUUAUUUACUGCAAGUGGCAGCAGCAGUCUUAUUCAGCACCAUCCCUCAGCCUCAUGGGAUACCAGCCACCGAGGUGUUUGGAGCCAUCUGGCUCAUGCUGCUGCUGGGCACCGUGCACUGUCAGAUUGUCUCCACCAGGACGCCCAAACCGGCCUCCAGCAGUGGAGGGAAGAGACGGAGGAAGUUGAGGAAGGCAUCUCAGAUGGAGGUGCAUAGGGAAGGCGACGGGUCUAGCACUACCGAUAACACACAGGAGGGGGCGCCCCACUCCCACUCAGCCUGCAGCACCACAUACAGCCUGGGCUCUCUCUUCCAAGAUUUCUGGCAUGAUAUCUGUAAAGCUGGAUCCAAGAAGUCCAAGCUUUCCAUCGACAAGUCCACAGAGACGGACAACGGCUACGUGUCCCUGGACGGCCGUGUCACCAACCGCAGCAGCGAGGAGGGGCUGCAGCUGCCGGAGCAGAGGUGCGAUUUGUUGAGCAGAACCGACGAGGUUUGCUGGAACCCUCAGGUUCCGCCCACUCAUGUGACCCACAACACUGGACUGAUGAUGACCGCCAACAACAAGGAGCCGGCCUCUGACGAAGCGUCCAGUGAGGAGGACCCCGAAGCGUCUUACAUCGCCCUCCGCAGGGGUAGUGAGAGAAUGAACAGUAACUGCACAUUGCGAAAUCGCAAGAACUCGCACCAUUAUAAGAAACACUACACGGUGGAGGACGUCCCAAAGUCUGGCACCAGCUGCAGCUCCAGAUGCUCCAGUCUGAGGACUCAGGACUCGGAGAGCACUCGACACGAGUCAGAGACAGAGGACCUGAUGUGGGAAGACUUCCUGCACUGCGCUGAGUGUAGAUCGUCCUGCACCUCAGAGACAGAGGGGGAGGGAGGGGCCGUGUGCCCACCUGGAAAGAAGGAAUAUAGAGACGACCCCUUUCAUCAGGGACACCUUCCCUGGCUGCACAGCUCCAACCCCGGCCUGGAGAGAGUCAGCGCCAUCGUGUGGGAGGGAAACGACUGUAAGAAGGCCGACAUGUCCGUCCUGGAGAUCAGUGGAAUGAUCAUGAACAGAGUCAAUCUCUACACUCCUGGGAUUGGUUAUCAGGUCUUUGGGAACCUGGUCUCAGUGACACUUGGACUCACACCUUUCGCCUACAGACUGGCUCAGUACAGAGACGUAGACCAGCUGACCAACCUCUCAGCCAAUGAGCUCCUGUCUGUGGCUCUGGGGGGCGGGUCUGGGUCAGAUGCCACGGUCAUCACCAUGGUGACGCUGAGCUUCGUGGUGCGCAUCUGCCUCAUCUGGCUCUUCUUCUUCCUGCUCAGUGUCGCAGAGAGAACCUACAAACAGAGGCUACUGUUUGCCAAACUCUUUGGUCACCUGACUUCAGCCCGCAGGGCCAGGAAGUCUGAAGUUCCUCAUUUUAGACUGAAGAAAGUGCAGAACAUCAAGAUGUGGCUGUCGCUGCGCUCCUACCUCAAGAGACGAGGACCUCAGCGCUCGGUGGACGUGAUCGUGUCGUCGGCCUUCCUGCUCACUCUGUCUGUCGUGUUCAUCUGCUGUGCUCAGCUGCUCCACGUCCAUGAAACCUUCCUGGAGUGUCACUAUAACUGGGAGCUGGUGAUCUGGUGCUCCAGUCUGUCUCUGUUCCUGCUCCGGUUUGUUACCCUGGGCUCUGAGACCAGCAAGAAGUACAGCAACACCUCCAUCCUGCUGACUGAACAGAUUAAUCUGUACCUGAAGAUGGAGAAGAAACCAAACAAGAAAGAGGAGCUGACUCUGGUCAACAACGUGUUAAAACUGGCCACCAAACUACUGAAGGAGCUGGACACUCCAUUCAGACUGUACGGUCUGACCAUGAACCCUCUGCUCUACAACAUCACCCAGGUGGUCAUCCUGUCCGCAGUGUCGGGGGUCAUCUCUGACCUGUUAGGAUUUAACCUGAAGCUGUGGAAGAUCAAAUCGUGACAGCGACAUCGUCGCUUGACUGAAUUACUGCACGUCAGUCUCCCUGGACACCCCCCACCCCCCGUCCGCCCUCUCACCCUCCACACCCCCCCACCUUUGACGUUCUCACUCGGUGCAAUUCAACAACUUAUUUAUUUAUUUACUUACCCUCUCAGUGUUUUUAUUUCUGAUUUUUUGAACACAAAACAAGGCUCUGAUUUCAAGCUGUCUACACAAAAGUAUUACAAGUCGUGAUUGUUUAGGUUUUUAACGACGCUGCAGGAAUUUCUCGUGCAAGACGUGGUUUUUUUCUUUGUUUGUUUUUAGUGUUUUAUUUGUUCAAACUGAAAAUUAUUUAUAUUGCAUUAGGUUAAAAAAAACAAAAAUAAAAACAACACUGAGGUGAUAACUGCAGCAAACGCUUUAAACCAGCGUCAUUUAUUUUAAUUUAACUCGCUGGGUUUGGGACGGCAACUGAGUUGAAAAGAGAGAAUGUAAAACUUUCUUUUUUUUAAAGUUCUCAUUAAACCUCUGCAGCAUUAAUGUUUAUUUAGCACCAAAACACAAAACUGUAAAAAAAUAAAAUAAAAAAAAGAUUGUGUAGUUUCGCAAAUUAGAAAAAUCCUUCAAAAAAACCCAACCUAAAAAGUCCUAUUUUGUAGAGAAGAUAUUUCCUGGUGUUUAGCAUCAGAACUACAGCUAAACUAGUCAAAAUUGACUUAAUUAAUUAAAAGAAUCAAAAUCAUUCACUGAAUUAUCUUUUUUUUAAACCAAAAUAAAAAUAUUUUCCCUCUAUUUUUAGGUCUGAAACUGUUAAUUUGCUAUUUAAACCCAUUCUGUUACCAACAUUUUUGGACGAGUCAUUUGGUUGUUUUCAAACUUUUUGUAAAAUUUCCUGUCUGAGUGAAUUUAAAAGUGUGGUUCAACAUGUUAACUGACA